AUGUUCCUUUUCUUUGCGCGUCUUGGGAGUUCACAAUGUGAAAUUGAAAUCACAAAUUACAAUGGGGAUGUUAUUUCCCCUGAUAACUAUUCAACAAAUACAGAAUGCUUCAAGAUUAAAUCAAAAAAUUGUCAAAAUGUCAGAGUUACACCUGAACAAGAUAUUUCACAUGGAAUAUAUGAAGCAGGAACAUAUAUUAUUGCGGCUCAAGGAACAGAAUCUGAAGAAAACAAUGUUUCAAUUACAGUCACAAUUAACACAGUCCCUGUUAAAGACAGAAAUUACUAUUAUAUUAUCAAUCAUUGUGGAACAUUUCCGGUUAUAACAUCUUUCUUUUACGUCAUCUUCAACUUGACAAAUAAUAUUAAAGGAGAAUUUCAAAUUGGAAGGCCAAAUACUUUUAACUUUACAAAGAUAAAGGAGAACUAUCCGCAUGCACAAUACUUCCUGGAAAAUGGCGAAGCUGAACAUACAUUUCAUUAUAUUCAAAAAAUUGCCCAUGAAGAUCCAAAUGCAUAUUUCCAUGUUCGUGUUGAUGAUAUCAGAAUUGGACAGCCAUUUUUCUGGUUAUUGAAUCAAGGAAUUCAUCAGUCUCGCUAUGAAAUUCAUCUUUGUUCUGAUGGAACAAACACUUACAAAAAAUUCCUUGAUUUCAAACUUAAUACAUUGGAAGGAUGGAAUAAAAUUGCAGAAGAAUUCAAAAAAUUCUAUGAUCAAGCACUAAUAGGAGCUUUAAAUAUUAAUAAAAAGAUUGCAAACUGUGAUAUCCGUAAUUGGAGUUUUAUUUUUGCUGCAAUAACUUAUCCAAAUAUUUAUCUGGAAUUAUCUAACCCUGAAAUGAUUACAACAGAAGAAGAACAACUCAAAGAAACUUUCAAAAAGAUGAAAAUGAUCAAAAUUGAUAUACUUGGAAUAAUUAAUUCUCAGCCAGAAGAAAAAGUGGAUUAUCUUUAUGAAGUUUCAAAAAUAAAUAGAGAAGAAUAUAGAAAGAAAUAUUUCUCAAAUUAUGGAAAGAAGACAUGUUUCAUAUUGACAACAAAUCCGGUUAAUGAGACUCAAAUCAAAGUUUUCUUUACAAGAACUGUGAAAAAAUAUUCUAAUUAUACAUUUGUUGCAAAGCCUCAUCCGAGUGCUCCUUAUUCGAAAAAUUUGUCUGAAUGGAUGAAUAAUGAAGUAAAAGUGAUUCCGUUUGAAGGCGAACAGAUACCUGCAGAGAUUAUAUACUCUGCAUUUGCCGGCAAAGUUAAAGUUGGUGGAUAUCCAACAUCUACAUUUACUUCUGUCAAUUUGGAUGAUGUACUUUUCAUUUAUAUUGAAAAAAUGGAUAAGCUAUUCCCUCCUUUAGAUACAUUCGUAGAAAGGAAAAUGAUCAAAGGAGAAUUAAUGAAUUUUGAAAGUCUUGUUGAAGAAUAUCCACAAUGCAUUCCAUCUCUAUCUCCAACUCCAAGUAAUGACAAAAAAUCCAAAUUCUUGAAGAUUGGAGUUCCAAUUAUUUCUUUUGUUUGUGUCGCAAUCAUUGUUGGUAUUGUUAUAUUAGUUAUCUAUUUUCGUAAACACAAAAAGGUUGUUGAUGAAUCAGCACCACAACCAUAA